AUGAAAUGCAUAGAGCACGAAGAGUCACGAAGCCUCUAUACAACUCAGGAUCUCAUUCAUACUUUGUGGACAAAGAUAAACAAAGCUUUAAUCCGGAAGGAGCUGCAACCGGGAUGCUUUGGCUACCCUCUAAGUAUCUUCUUUAUCGUCAUUAAUGAGUUUUGUGAAAGAUUCUCCUACUAUGGAAUGCGAGCCGUGUUAGUUCUGUACUUCAAAUACUUUAUACUAUGGGACAACAACCUCUCCACUGUGGUUUAUCACACCUUUGUUGCUGUGUGCUAUCUAACGCCAAUCCUUGGGGCUAUUAUUGCUGACUCAUGGCUGGGAAAAUUCAAGACCAUUGUAUAUCUGUCCAUAGUUUAUACGGUUGGUCAAGUUAUUAUGUCUGUCAGCGCUAUUCAUGAUCUUACUGAUGGGAACAGAGAUGGGACACCUGACAGUAUUCCUGUGCAUAUUGCAUUAUCAAUGAUUGGUCUUAUUUUAAUCGCUUUGGGCACUGGAGGAAUAAAGCCUUGUGUUGCAGCGUUUGGAGGAGACCAGUUUGAUGAAACCCAGGAUAAACAGAGGAGCCGGUUCUUUUCCAUCUUUUAUCUAUCAAUCAAUGCUGGAAGUCUUCUGUCUACCAUUAUCACUCCCAUCUUGAGAGGCCAGGAAUGUGGUAUUCACACUCAACAAAAGUGCUAUCCUCUGGCCUUUGGUGUGCCUGCUGGUCUCAUGGUGGUUGCUCUAGUUGUAUUCAUCGUUGGGAGUGGAAUGUAUAUAAAAGUGCCUCCCCAGGGUAACAUUAUAGUUAAAGUUUCCAAAUGCAUCGGGUUUGCUAUCAAGAACAGAUACAAAAAUCGUAGUAAAUCAAUUCCUAAGAGGGAUCAUUGGAUGGACUGGGCAAAAGAAAACUAUGAUGAACUUCUUAUUGCCCAAAUUAAGAUGGUUCUGAAGGUCUUGUUUCUAUACAUUCCACUGCCAAUGUUCUGGGCACUUUUUGAUCAACAGGGUUCAAGGUGGACUCUGCAAGCUACCACUAUGAAUGGAGAUUUUGGAGCUAUUCAGAUUCAACCAGAUCAAAUGCAGACCGUGAAUCCAAUAUUAAUUAUAGUUCUUGUACCAUUUGUUGACGUUGUCCUAUAUCCCCUCAUUAAGAAAUGCAAUCUAAAUUUCACACCUCUAAAGAAGAUGACCGUGGGCAUGUUCCUUGCUGCCAUGGCAUUUGUUGUUGCUGCUGUUGUACAGAUAGAGAUUGAUAAAACUCUACCAACCUUCCCAAACAACAAUCAUAUACAAAUUAGAGUUCUAAAUCUUGGUGCAAGCAACCUGACUGUUUCAUAUACAGAAAACAUUGCUAAUGUUACAGAAACAUCAUACUUGGAUUCUCUCCAGGCAGGUGACUACAAGACCCUCCAGUUAGAAAGCACCAUCAAAUUUGCCUAUGACAAUUUAACAAAAGAAUUUUCACACAUUGGCCUUUCUGGCACAACUCGAUACACAUACAUUGUUAAGGCUGGAACAAAUGCAGUGGAAGCAGUGCUGAGUGAAGACAUAAGCUCUAAACCUGAGCAAGGAAGCAAUCCGAUAAAGUUUAUCAAUAACCUGCAAGAAGCUAUUACUGUGACAGUAAAUGGAGAAAGUGUUGGUGUCCUUGAGCCAUUCAGCUUUUCAAACUAUACCAAUUUAACCAUGGGAGUGAAGAAAAUAGAGGGUUCUAUUAUAGGUGGGAAUUGUUCUCUGGAGUCAAUCAAGUUCGGUUUUGGAAGCUCUUAUAAAAUAAUCAUUAAGGAGUGCCAAACCUCAAUGGAUGUUGACUACAUCCAGGAUAUUCAAGCCAACACGGUACAUAUGGCUCUACAGAUUCCUCAGUAUUUCCUCAUUACUGCCGGAGAAGUUGUUUUCUCAGUUACAGGGUUGGAAUUCUCAUAUUCUCAGGCCCCAUCCAACAUGAAAUCUGUGCUACAGGCUGGGUGGCUCCUAACGGUGGCUGUUGGUAAUAUUAUUGUCCUUAUUGUGGCCGGUGCCCAGGGUCUCAGUGAACAGUGGGCUGAGUACAUUCUAUUUGCUGCUCUACUAGUGGCAGUCUGCAUCAUCUUUGCUAUCAUGGCCUAUUUUUACACCUACAUUGACCCUGCAGAAAUUGAGGCCCAGUUUGAUUCAGAUGCAAAGAAAAAGAAAGAGAAAGAAAUAGAGGCAAUGGGUUUUGAAGUUUCAGACGGACCUCAUUCACAAACAAAAAUGUAACAUUUGUAAAUAAGCUCCAAGAUGAGGACAAUGACCAAAGAGGCCCAUCCUAACUCCAACCAAACUUUAUUGAUGAAAAGAUAACUGAGUUGGUUGUUGCAACUACAACAAAAUACCUGAAAUACGCAAAUAUAAAGUCCAAACACACUGCUCUUGAUAAAAUUUGUGUACAA